AAGUGACAUCAAACCACUCCGCUGUGUCCGGAUACAAACCGGAGACUCUCCAACAUGUUCGCCCCGCUACACGGGCGUUAUGCCCGGAGGACCUGACUGUGUUGCAGUGAACCUUCCCGCCUGAGGUUCGGGUUAAGAUGCCUCUGGCUCCUGCAAACCAGGCCCAGCUGAUCCGGUCCAGUCAGAAGGAUGAAUUCUACCGGAGCCUCCUGAGGAACAGCGCUAACGAAGCCUGUCAGAGUGUCGCAGGAUCCAAACACUGGCUGGACUGGAGGAGAGAGGUGGAGCUGCUGUCAGACUUGGCUUACUAUGGUUUAACCACGCUCUCAGGUUAUCAGACUCUGGGCGAGGAGUAUGUGGGGAUCGUCCAGGUGGAUCCCUCCCGGCGGCAGAUCCCGUCCCGGGCCAGGCGCUGCCUCUUCGUCCUCUGUCACGCCUUUGUGCCGUACCUCCUGGAGAAGGCCCUGGUGUGUCUGGAGAACGAGCUGGAAGGCGGGCCGGAGGCGCGGCGGCGCCAGGCAGCGUCGGGGGCCUGGAGCCUGGAGCACUGGCUCCGGAGGGCGGCGCAGAGCGCGGUGGGGCUGCUGACGGAGCGGCAGAGGAAGGCCUGCCAGCCGGCCGUGUUUGUGAUCCAGCAGAGCCUGGCCCUGCUGCACCGACUCCAUGUUGCUCUCUUCUACGUCAGCAGCUCCUUCUACCACAUGUCCAAGAGGGCAGCUGGAAUCGGCUACCUGUGUGUGGCGGGGCCGAACGCUGAUGACUCGUCCAUCAGGAGAAGCUACCGGCUGCUGGGUUGCGUAUCUUUCCUCCAGCUGCUCGUCACUCUGAGUCUGCAGCUCAACAACCUGAGGCAGAGGCAGAGAGCCAGGCAGGAGUGGCAGCUCUACAGGAGCCUCAGUCCUCGGCACCCAGCGAGCUCCGCCUCCGCGUCCCGACCUGCGCGCUGCAUCCUCUGCCUGGAGGCGCGCAGGAACUCCACCUGCACCCCCUGUGGACACCUGUUCUGCUGGGAGUGCAUCGCCGAGUGGUGCAACACCAAGGCAGAGUGUCCUUUGUGUCGGGAGAAGUUCCUGCCUCAUAGACUGGUGUUUCUAAGGAACUACAGCUAGACUUGCGGCUGGACCACACACGGCUGAACUGAAGCUCGUCCUAAUUUGUGUAUUCAGUCGUCAUGGAGACCAGAACCUUCCAGCCUGCUGAAACUUGUCCGUCUGUCCUAAGGAGAGCAGGACACGUUUGGAUUGUAUCAAUCAGAUGAUGUAAAUGUCGAUAUCUGGGAAUUCCAGCGGUGAUUUAAAUGUUUUAACUUCAUCA